UGACAACAACUGUUGCAAAUAUAUGGGAUUUAAGCGUUCUUAGUUACAAUUUAUGCAUAUUUAAUUGCUGAAUUAGUGGCAGAGUUUAUAAUAAACGCGUGUAAAAAGUGCAGCUAUGGAAGACAUAUUCCAUUGGUGCCGUGAGGGCAACUCGAUCCAAGUGCGCCUCUGGCUCGAAGAAACUGAAAAUGACAUGAAUCUGGGGGACGAUCAUGGCUUCAGCCCACUGCACUGGGUGGCGAAGGAGGGUCACACAAAACUCGUUGAGACGCUCCUGCAGCGUGGGGCACGCGUCAAUGCCACUAAUAUGGGUGAUGACAUACCACUGCAUUUGGCCGCUGCGCAUGGCCAUCGGGAUGUGGUCCAAUUGCUGUUGCGUGAGCGCUCCGAUGUGAACGCGGUUAAUGAGCAUGGAAAUACGCCAUUGCAUUAUGCUUGCUUCUGGGGCUAUGAUAUGAUUUGUGAGGAUUUGCUUCAUGCCGGCGCUUUGGUCACCAUUGCCAAUAAGGAUGGACACACGCCCAUUGACAAGGCCAAGCCCAGUCUGGGGAAGCGCAUACAGGAUCUGGCCGAGAAGAGUGGUCAGGAGAUGAAGGUCAUUAGUUUCAAGGAGCAGAGCUGGCUGGGACUAAAAACCCGUUCGCGCGAUGCCACCUUGUCCCGUUUCAAGGGCAUCAGCAUGGGCGAUUUGGACUUACACACAAAGGUGGCUGUCACUUCGUCGGGUGAAACUUGGCGUGGACGUUGGCAAAGAAAUGAUGUUAUAGCAAAGAUUCUUGCCAUACGCCAAUGCACGUCACGCAUCUCUCGUGACUUCAACGAGGAGUUUCCCAAGCUUCGAAUCUUCUCUCAUCCCAAUAUUUUGCCCAUCAUAGGCGCCUGCAAUUCGCCGCCUAAUCUAGUGGUCAUCAGUCAGUUUAUGCCACGUGGAUCGCUCUUCAAUUUGCUGCACGGCGCUACCGGCGUAGUUGUGGACACCAGCCAGGCGGUUCGCUUUGCUUUGGAUGUGGCACGGGGCAUGGCCUUUUUGCACUCGCUGGAGCGCAUAAUACCGACCUAUCAUUUGAACAGUCAUCAUGUCAUGAUUGACGAUGACUUGACAGCGCGUAUCAACAUGGGAGAUGCCAAGUUCUCGUUCCAAGAGAAGGGUCGCAUCUAUCAGCCGGCAUGGAUGUCUCCAGAGGCGUUGCAGCGCAAACAGAGCGAUCGCAACUGGGAGGCAUGCGAUAUGUGGAGCUUUGCUAUACUCAUCUGGGAGCUGACUACUCGCGAGGUACCUUUCGCCGAAUGGUCGCCCAUGGAGUGCGGCAUGAAGAUUGCGCUCGAGGGCUUGCGUGUUAAAAUCCCACCGGGCACUUCGUCUCACAUGGCGAAGCUCAUUUCGAUAUGCAUGAAUGAGGAUCCCGGCAAGCGGCCAAAGUUCGACAUGGUUGUGCCCAUACUCGAAAAGAUGAAACGCUAAUAUAUCAUCGUCAGCUUCCAGUUGGAAUUUUGUCAGCAACGCAACAAAUCCCAUGCCAAAAUGUGCCUGUCUACAAAUUUUGUAGGUUUUGAAUGAAGUUAGGGAAAUCGUCGUCUUCGUUUGCCAAUUAAUUUAUAAACGAUUACUACUUUGUGGUAACUUAUCAGCAGCCUUAUCUUAACUGAACUUAACCGAGCCACAAGCGCCUGAUCUGCAAUUGAAUUGCAGCCAUUUUAUUACCUUUUUUAUUUGUACUCUCUAAUGUGUCCCAAAAUGGUCGUUUGCUAUUCGUUUAAUGUCUCAGUUGUUUUGAAUUUAUGCUCGUAAUUUGUCUUUCGUCUUUGUUUCGUCAUUUUUCGAUCGACGGUGCUCGACUUUUUUGUAUGUUUUAAGUUCAUAAUAACCGUUAAGCUCUAAAAAUACGUAUUUAUACAAACAUUUGUUACUAAUUAUUAAACAAAUUAUAAAAACGAAAAUUAA